GCGAAAUUCAAAUUUCGUUCUGAUCGGCUGUUGUCACUCAUCAAUAACUCGGAGGAGAGGCGCAACCACAACACCACAACUCCACAACACCACAAAGCUAAAACCUUAUGAAACAAGAUGACUACUAGUAGGUUAAGACUGUUGUAUGCUAUUGGUGUGAGUGUGGGUGUUCUGAGUCUGUUGGUGCCAGUGGAGUGCUUCCUCAGUACUAGUAGCAGUCCUUCAGGUUCCUCAAGUUUUGUUGAUACUAGUAAGAGAAGAUCAGUGAGUGUCGGUGUUUCCUCUACUGGUAGUAAUGCUGGUGUGGAUGACACUCCUCCCAAUCUGUACGAGAUUUUGGGCGCUUCUCCCAAAGACAGUGAUGUGGAGAUCAAACGCAAAUGGCAGAGUUUGGCGCGCAAGCUUCACCCCGAUGCCAAUGUGGGGUUAGUGUCGGAUCAGACGGAUAUUCUGGGCAACAAUUUGGUAGCGAGUGGUACAGGUAGAAGUAGAUUUGAGUACAAGUACGAGCUGAGUGACGUGAAUGCGGCGUGGGGCGUGUUGAGUGAUCCCAAGGAACGUCGGAAAUACGAUCGAGCGUUACAAGCUCAAGAAUUGGCCGACACAUUCGAGAUUCUAUUGGAUGCGGGAAUCAAGACGGCCAUUCCAUUUCUACGCAAAACCGCAAAUACCACCAUGGCAGCCGCUAAAACGGGAGCUUCCAUUUACUCGGAUGUCUCCAAACAAUCACAACAAGCCAUGUUGGAUGCUUCCAAACGAAUGUCCACAGAAAUGGCCAUUUAUGAUUUGGAACAGGAACACAGAGAGAUACACAAAAAAUCACUCAGUGCCAAGUCCAAAAUCGAAAAACUACAGAGUCAACUCCAAUCCCAAUCCAACAAACAAGCACCUGUGCUGCACAACCUAGAAAUGCCUCUCUCGGCCGCGGAAGCAAACAAAUUACUCAACAAAUUCAACACACAGACGGAAUUCAUGACCAGCACCACCAACACUGCUUCGUCAUCUGCCAAACCAACAACCGCAACCAUGCAAGGCACACACCCCGUGUCCACACAAGAACGAGAAAUUGAAGUCCUGCAAGAGUUUGAAACCGUGCUGUCUCAAAUUCAAAAAGAUUACCGAGAUGCCGAACGACGUGUUACACAAUCCCAAAAACAAGUCGCCGAUGCCAUUCGAAAAGAACAAUUGGCACAAGAAAAGUUGGCAGCCGCACAACUCGCACUGGAACAAGCGCAACAACACAAUUAUCAAUCGCAACAGGCACAAUUUGAAGCCAUUCAAGAGGAAAAGAAUGCGGCAUUGCGAGAGGAUGAUCAAGCAUGGCAGUUGCAACAACAGGCGGAACGCGUCCGCUAUAUUCUACGACAAACCGAAGAACGGACCAAACAACACGUCGCCCAAAAACUACAACAAGAUAUUCAUCAACUCGAAUUGGAAGCACAGGAUUGGGAACAACAGGCACAACAAAUCAAGGAACAAGCCAAACAAUUGAAAUUGCAACAACGACAACAACAGAAACAACAACAGGGAUGAAUGAUGAAUGAUAUAGUGAAACUUGAUUAAACGAGGUCAAUAGAACCGACAAUACACGCGGCUCGGAAAGGGCAGCAUGGCAAAACUCCGGUGCGGUCAUCGAGCCGUCAAUGCAACCCAAAGACGCACCGAUCAAAAAGGUGCCUCCAUCGUUCGUGGCCAACUCCUCGACAUCGCACCAAAAACGCACGCACCCCCACUACCGUAUCAAUACCAUUACAUACUCGUCGACACGAACCUAGCUACUAGCACAAUAACGUAACCUUGCACACUAAUAAUAACGAAUAAUCAAACAUGUACACAUUUUAAAAUUGCGACCUACCUACGAACUACUACACUACUCCAGCUUGUCUCCUCCACCGCGUUGGCAGUCAGUCGCAUUCUCAAUGGCGACAGACUCGACUCAGUAUUCAGCGGCUACGGAAAUAUCUAGACGGAACUUUUGGCGUUGUUACACAGUUCGAGUUGUAGCAAGCACGAUGUUGCUCUCGCAUUGCUUCAACCUCUCACCAACAGUAGUCUACGGGGCCCUCUGGCUCGUAUUGAUUGCCUUGCUUGGAAACCAAAACCGGGCAUGUCUGCCGACCGUGGUGUUGGCUGGUUGCGAAAAGGCCAAUCAAGGGUACCGGUAUCAAUCUACGUAUCUACUAUGGACCAACGCAAGAGAGUCUGAAGAGCUAGCUACGGUAGUCCAUGUAACAACUAUUCUAGCUGGAUGCACCCAGCUAGCUAGCUACUACAUGUACCAUAGUACGCGUAGACGGAGCCCCUGGAUGCAUCCACGUUCUGCGAGAGCCAUCAUGACGGCUUUCAA